AUGGGGAAGAUAGGAGGGGAAGUAGUUAAAGAAGAAGGAAAGAAGGAAUCAGGCAAAGAAGGGGAUUAUCUUUUGGGGCCACCGAGGUUGGAGGAGGAGAGUGGGCGGUUCAAGUGCGUGGAGACGGGUCACAAGCUGCCGGCCCAUGCCAGAGACAGCAAGCAAUGCCGCCACUUGGGCCUCAUCGACGCCGCUCUUUCCAACAGCAAACCUCCCCUCAAUAUGUUCCGUCAAGAUCCUCAGCCCGGCAUUUAUUCAUUUAACCGCGGGCUCUUAUGUUUCUGGCUUUCGCUUCUUCUUGGUCUCUCAAUCGUUUUUUCUUUGGCGUUGAUUGCGCUAGUAGAAUCUCCAUGCGUUGCCCUGGGUAGUCUAAGCCUGAAAGAUGAUGGUCAAAAGGCAACAAAGAAAUCAAACGUUAAGGAUGAUGGUUUGAAGAAAAAGAAGAAGAUUCGGGAAGAGACUGGUGUUGAAGUUAUCUCUGAAGCAAGAAUUGUUUCUGAGAAGGACAGUGAACUGGAGGAAGAAGAUGAUUUCUGGAUGCCACCAGUGGGAGAACAUUGGGACAAUGAUGAUGGAGGUGAUAGGCAGGGCUCUGAUCCAGAGCUGGGGCCAGAAAAUGAUGAUGCUGACGGGGAAGGUUUCCCUGACAAGAUGAUCAAAGGAUAA